AUGGGAAAAAAGUUAAGCAAGAGAUCCCAAAAAGAAAUCCCUGUGUUGGAAAACACAACCUGGAAAACAAGAGGAGCCUUCUUGCUGCCGAAAGGAGCUCGAAAUGUGUAUCUGAAUGAAACCGAGGAUUCUAGAGAUGUGAUGGCUAUCAAGAACCAGGCAACAGGGCAUUACAUUCUCAAUGGCAAGGGAGAAGAUGCGAGAUCUCAGUGCUUCAUCGGGAUGGGAGUGGAGUGGGACUACCUAAUUGAGGACGAUGUCGAGACUCUUCACACUGAUGGUCCACUACAUGAUGCAAUUGUUGUUUUGAUUAUACCUAAAGACAACGAGACGAGGUCCACACUAAUGUACAAAUACAUCGUCCACGAAGAUUCAGUGCCCCUUAACAACAAUAAUGUCAUUCAGGAGGACACAUAUGAGUGGGCACUCAAGAGCUGGUCCCAGUGUUCAAGACCUUGUGCUGGAGGAUUCCAAUACACCAAAUAUGGGUGUCGUAAGAAAGGUGACAACAAAAUGGUGCACAGAGGCUACUGUGACAUCAACAAGAAACCCAAACCUAUUCGAAGAAUGUGUAACUUACAGGACUGCACACAACCACAAUGGAUCACAGAAGAGUGGGAAUAUUGUACUAAAACCUGUGGGAGCUUGGGAUACCAAAUCCGCACCGUGCGCUGUGUCCAGUUCCUUCAUGAAGGCACAAACCGCUCCAUCCACAGCAAGUAUUGCAGCGGGGAAAAGCCUGAGAUCAGGAGGCCAUGUAACAGAGUGCCCUGCCCUGCCCAAUGGGGAACCGAGGCCUGGUCAGAGUGCUCGGUGUCCUGUGGAGAGGGUGUGGCACGACGUCUGGUCACAUGUCGCAUUGGAGAUCAAUGCACCGGUGAGAAGCCUGAGUCACACAGGCCCUGCAGGCCAGGACCCUGCCAUGAUGAGCCAUGCGGAGGAGACAAGUCCAUAUUCUGUCAGAUGGAGGUUCUGGCUCGUUAUUGCCCGAUACCAGGUUACAACAAGCUCUGCUGUGAAUCCUGCAGUAAGCGAAGUGGCACUUUUGCUCCUCUUCUGCACGAAGCUGCUAAGACGGAGGAGGAACUUCACUUUGGUUCAGCCUCCCAGCUUCUGGAGACACUCUCAGCCUCUGUAAAUGGAACUCUGAAAGUCCCUCAGCAGCACCUGCGGGGAUCCUCGUCACAAGGCCAAUUUGCCAAGCAGACCGCCACUCCCCCGCCUCGCAAAUCCAAUACAGAGAACAGCAAGACUCAAAAGCGCCUGAAACCCGGUGCAAGGAAUCUGCCUGCAAUGACGAUCCAUAGCUUGUGGAACAAGGACGCCGCUAAAGAUGCACCAUGGCAGCUGGAAAGUUUCCAAGAGAGUCAGUGGCCGACAGCAUCAUCCGAGGUGGAGAGAUGAAGGCUAGUUUGUCUCUUUCUUCCUCUGGACUCUCUCUUAUUUGUUUGUUGUAGACAUUAGACAUAACAUUCAUCUUUCCCUUCACAUCCUCCUCAAUAUAUU